GACUGUAGUCAGCUAACCCCCUCUAGUGCCGAGCUAUCAGUAGAGUGCUCUGAAACUGUUGGCGCUGCUGUAUCGCUGAAGCUCCAGUCGGCUUUGCUAUCUCAGUUGGGAUGACUUGCGCCGAGCUCCACAUGCAGUAAAGGUGACCGCGACCGCAACACAUCGCUACAGUUCGGAACUUGGAGGCAUCCCGCGCAGCUGCAUCCAAUACGCCUGUGCUGAAACAAAAACCGGGAACCCAGGCAUGCACCUGAUCAUCAAUGGCAAACAGGCAUGGAGUGAUAAGGAACAAUAUAGCAAUCAGGAAUAAAUGAACAGAUAAGUGAACAACCACAAGUUUCACUUAGUCUUAUCGUCGAAGAUCUUAAAGCGGUAGGCUAGUAAACACCAUUUUCCUUUCAGUAUUUUGGGGGAUUAAAUCGGUGGUUGUUUUCGGCUCAUUUUAAUCGAACACAAGCGACUCUACUUAAUUUGCCAUUAAAUCACAUCACGCGAACGAUGGUAUCCUCAACACUCACUUUGUGAGAAAAGCCCGUUGUUGCUGACUGGGAUGGCAAGGUACAGAGUAUUCACCUGCGGUUUUUUGUAAUAUUCCGACGGAUUUAAAACCUUAGUUUGAAGAAAUACACGUGGAUACUGCUUCUUUUGAUGGCCGGAGGAUUACAGGGCAGCCCUGUGGAUGUUUUAGAGAUGGGUUUUGAAGUAAAAUUCUGUCUUAUUUUUGUGCUACUGAGGGUGCUCUUCACGGAUUCAAGUCACAGCAAUCAAGUUGUUCUGUUGGAUACCACUGCAGUGCUGGGAGAACUGGGCUGGAAAACAUAUCCCAUGAAUGGGUGGGACACCAUCACGGAGAUGGAUGAGCACAACCGUCCCAUCCACACCUUCCAGGUGUGCCACGUGAUGGAGGCCAACCAGAACAACUGGCUGCGCUCCAACUGGAUCCCGCGCGAGGCGGCGCAGAAGGUGUACGUGGAGCUCAAGUUCACCCUGCGCGACUGCAACAGCAUCCCCUGGGUGUCGGGCACCUGCAAGGAGACCUUCAACCUGUACUACCUGGAGGCGGACGAGGCGCACGGCCUGAGGUUCAGGGCGGGCCAGUACACCAAGAUCGACACCAUCGCGGCCGACGAGAGCUUCACGCAGACGGACCUGGGCGACCGCAUCCUCAAACUGAACACGGAGGUGCGGGAGGUGGGGCCCAUUGCCCGAAAGGGCUUCUACCUGGCCUUCCAGGACAUCGGGGCCUGCAUCGCCCUGGUGUCCGUUCGCGUCUACUACAAGAAGUGCCCCUCCACCUUCCGGAACCUGGCCGCCUUCCCGGACACCGUCCCCCGGGUGGACUCGUCCUCGCUGGUGGAGGUGCGGGGGGCGUGCGUGAGGAACGCGGAGGAGCGCGACACGCCCAAGCUGUACUGCGGGGCCGACGGCGACUGGCUCGUCCCCCUGGGCCGCUGCGUCUGCAGCGUGGGCUACGAGGAGCUGGACGGAAACUGCUUCGCUUGUAAGCCUGGGUUCUACAAAGCAUUUGCCGGGAACAUCAAGUGCACCAAGUGCCCCCCUCACAGCCUCAGCCACGAGGAGGGAGCCCCAUUCUGCCAGUGUGAAAAUGGGUUCUUCAGGGCAGGGAGAGAUCCUCCGACCAUGGCCUGCACCAGACCUCCAUCUCCCCCUCGCAAUGUGGUCUUCAACAUCAACGAGACCUCACUCUACCUGGAGUGGAGUCCUCCCAGCGACACCGGGGGCAGGAAGGACCUCACCUACAACGUCCUGUGCAAGCGGUGCGGGUCGGACCCCCAGCAGUGCGAGCUGUGCAGCGGGGGCCUGCGUUUCGUGCCCCGCCCCCAGGGCCUGACCAACGCCUCCGUCACCGUGCUCGACUUCACCGCCCACGCCAACUACACCUUCGAGAUUGAGUCCCUCAAUGGCGUGUCCGAGCUCAGCUCCGUCCCGCGGCCUGUGGCGGCCAUCACUGUCAGCACCGACCAGGGCGGUCCCUCGUUGGUGGGGCUAGUCAAGAAGGACUGGGCCUCUCAGAACAGCAUCGCCCUCUCCUGGCAGGAACCGGGCCAGGUGGUGGACUACGAGGUCAAGUAUUACGAGAAGGAGCACGAGCAGCUCAGCUACUCUUCCACCCGAACCAAAACGCCCAGCGCCAUCAUCGCCGGCCUCAAACCCUCCACUCGCUACAUCUUCCACGUCCGUGCCCACACCUCCACCGGCUACAGCGGCUACAGCCCCAAGUUUGAGUUUGAGACCGGGGACGAGACCUCUGACAUGGCUGCCGACCAGGGUCAGGUGCUGGUCAUCGUCACGGCAGCAGUGGGAGGGUUCGCCUUGCUGGUCAUUCUCACGCUGUUCUUCCUCAUUACCGGAAGGUGCCAGUGGUACAUCAAAGCCAAGAUGAAGUCGGUGGAGAAGAGGAGGGCUCACUGUCUGAAUGGACACAUCCCUUUUCCGGGAAUAAAGACGUACAUCGACCCCGACACCUACGAGGACCCCGCUCAGGCGGUUCACGAGUUCGCCAAGGAGAUCGACCCGACCCGGAUUCGCAUCGAGAGAGUGAUCGGAGCGGGUGAAUUCGGGGAGGUCUGCAGCGGGCGACUUCGAUGUCCCGGUAAGAGAGAGAUCCCCGUGGCGAUAAAGACCCUGAAGGGCGGGUACGUGGAGCGGCAGAGGCGGGACUUCCUGCGAGAGGCGAGCAUCAUGGGCCAGUUCGACCACCCCAACAUCAUCAGGCUGGAGGGCGUCGUCACCAAAAGUCAGCCAGCCAUGAUCGUGGUGGAGUUCAUGGAAAACGGCUCCCUGGACUCUUUUCUGAGGAAGCACGACGGCCACUUCACGGUGAUCCAGCUGGUGGGCAUGCUGCGUGGCAUCGCCUCGGGCAUGAAGUACCUCUCGGACAUGGGCUACGUCCACCGGGACCUGGCCGCCCGCAACAUCCUGGUCAACAGCAACCUGGUGUGCAAGGUGUCCGAUUUCGGCCUGUCCCGGGUGCUGGAGGACGACCCCGAGGCCGCCUACACCACCACGGGUGGAAAGAUCCCAAUCCGAUGGACAUCUCCAGAGGCCAUCGCCUACAGGAAGUUCUCCUCAGCCAGUGACACGUGGAGCUAUGGCAUUGUCAUGUGGGAGGUGAUGUCAUACGGAGAGCGGCCCUAUUGGGAGAUGUCAAACCAGGAUGUGAUCCUGUCCAUAGAGGAAGGCUACCGUCUCCCAGCCCCCAUGGGCUGCCCUGUGGCUCUGCACGAGCUGAUGCUGCACUGCUGGCAGAAGGAGAGGAGUCUGCGGCCCAGGUUCACCGACAUAGUCAGCUUCCUGGACAAGCUCAUCUGCGAGCCCAGCAGCCUUCUGACCCUGGUGGAGGACAUGGAGAGUUUGCCAGAGUCUCCAGAUGUUUCUGACUACCCCCUGUUCAUCUCCAUUGGUGAUUGGCUGGACUCUAUUAAAAUGAGCCAAUACAAGAACAACUUCUUGGCUGCGGGCUUCACCACUCUGGACUCCAUCACCAGGAUGAGUAUUGAGGAUGUCAGGCGCAUUGGGGUGACUCUGAUUGGACACCAGAGGCGGAUAGUCAGCAGCAUACAGACGCUCCGGCUGCAGUUAGUCCACGUCCAGGAGAAAGGCUUCCACGUAUGAGGCCUCGGACCCACAGCCCUCGUACCUCAGCACUCUACCCAGAGGUAGACUAUCUACUGCACGCACGAGGUCUGACUACUUCCUCAAACCGCAAAAUGGCGUCCACGGACUGCCAGCGAACGAACUCAACAAUAAAGACUGCUUUUUUUUACGAGCCACCGUUUCAGUUAAAAGAGGGGAGUCUGGGUUUCUACAGAUGGAUAGUUUCUAAAAAGUCAACUGUAAACAUCGCUGCAAUGAGAGUAUUUUCAAGAACAGCUAACUUGCAGGCUUAAACAAAUGUACGGUACAUUUGAGAACAUAAUCUUUCUUUCUGUUUUGUGACCAUGUAGCUGCUAUCAAAUGUGCAAUCAGAGGAUUUUGCUUGUUAAAUUUAUCAUUUUUCAAAUUGAACAUGUUAAAAAGGGGGGAUGUCCUUAUUUUAUCAAACGUAUUCCCAGAAUACCUGGUAUUGCAAUACUUGAAAAACUAAAGAGCCAAUCAUGAAGUCAGUUUCUGAAUGUGAACUUUUAAGUGUAUUAUCCAUAUAGCAAUUAUCUUAAAGUGAUAUUUAUAUAUGUGAAGUCCUGUAUGUGAACGCCCUGGUACAAUUUGCAUACAAUUUUAUCGUUAUGUUGAAUACAACUUCCUAAUUUAGCAAUAUAUGCAGGUAUUUCCAAAAAUAUAUAUAUACAUAUUAAAAUACAUAUUUGCAAGCGCAGACCCAAGUAAAUGCUAAUUGUGCACCCACCUCAACCCGUUGAUUUAAAGGCAUUUUUUGUAUACUUAGAAAGGCAAAUGUAAAGACAGAGUUGUGGUGCAUAUUCAGAUAACUGUCUAUCUGUGACUGUAAGAAAGCCGAUUCAGUGUCCACUCACACAGGAUCUGGUAGUUUAGGGACUGUUUAACCACAAGUUUACAAACUCAGACCAGCAAAUGACUUCUGCCCUGUUUGAGUUUCUAAGAGAGUGAACAGUCGGAAGUCAUAAAGCUGGGGAGGUGUGGUGCUAUUAGGAAAUCAUAGGACGAUAGUUGUUUUGACAUAGCUGAAAAAUUAUCUAGUUUUCUUGUGGGUAAAACAGAAUUCAAGGGCGAUGAAUUACGGAUUAUGCAGGGUAGGCGCCAGCUAUGAGAUAGAGAGUGAGAGAGACAUAGAGGGCAAAAGAGAGAGAGAGAAGUACUGACAUACAUGCAUACACACACACUCACACACCCAUGCGAACGCACACACAAACACCAAAAAGCACCUUGAUACAUACCUCGGAUUAAAAAACAAGCACAUAUUUUCAGAAGAGUAAGAACGCUUGACAGACGACCCAUGGCUGGUGUUCACUGGGAGACUAAUUGGCCUUCUCACACAAGAUCGCUGAACACCCAGAAAGAGGAGUGAUGCUGUGUAGCAUGUUACUGCUGAGCAAUGGGAGGUUUCUUUGUACAAAGUACAAGUACUUAUAAUUCAUGUGUUUUAUUUUUGUAUGGUUUCCAAAGAGGCAUCGUCAGGUCAUGGAGACUAUUUAUGCCUGUUUAUGAGUAUAUUUGUUCAACAAUAAAAGUUGAGUUCAGUGCUGUCA